AUGCGCGUCUCUACUCUUGUAGCCCUGGCCCUGCCGGGUCUCGCGGCGGCGCUACCAUCAGCGUCCAAGGACAAGAGAUACACCGAAGUCCACGAAGGAACCAACUACACCGUCUUCGAGCACGCUGCAACCGCGGCCAAGCUCUCCUUCGUGACCAACUCGGGAAUCUGCGAGACCACGCCCGGCGUGAACCAGUAUUCCGGCUACCUCAGCGUUGGCACCAAUAUGAACAUGUGGUUCUGGUUCUUCGAGUCCCGCUCCACCCCGACCACGGCCCCCCUUGCCAUGUGGCUCAACGGGGGCCCGGGCUGCUCCUCAAUGAUUGGCCUCUUCCAGGAGAACGGGCCGUGCCACUUCGUCAACGGUGCUUCGACGCCCUCCCUGAACCCCUACAGCUUCAAUACCCACGCCAACAUGCUCUACGUGGACCAACCCAUUGGCACUGGUUUCAGCUACGGCACCGACUCCGUGACCUCGACCGUGACAGCUGCUCCGUUUGUCUGGCAGUUUAUGCAGGCGUUUUAUGCGGCCUUCCCCCAGUACGAAAACCGGGACUUUGGACUCUUUACCGAGUCAUACGGAGGACACUACGGGCCAGAGUUUGCCUCGUAUUUUGAAAGCCAAAACGCCAAGAUUACUAGCGGUUCCCUCUCGGGCCAGAAGAUCGACCUCGUGGCGCUAGGAAUCAACAACGGGUGGAUCGACCCUGUCAACCAAUACAAGGCGUAUCCCGACUACGCCUUCAACAACACGUACAAAAAGCUCGUCACCGCCUCCCAGUACUCGUCCUACGUCAGCGCCUGGAACACAAAGUGCGUGCCGGCAAUGGCCAAGUGCACGAGCCAGACGGGGAGCAACUCGGCCUGCGAGACCGCCGACAAUACGUGCUACAACGCCGUCGAGGGCCCCAUCGAGAACGCCAACGACUUUGACGUCUACGAUGUGAGGGCGCCCAGCAACGACCCCAACCCGCCAGAGACAUAUGUUACAUACUUGCAGAGCGCAGCCGUGGUGAAGGCCAUUGGCGCCAAGGCAACGUAUGCCGAGUGCCCCGACGCGCCGUACGAGAAGUUCUCUGCUACUGGGGACGGUGCUCGGAGCUUCUUGAGCUCGCUCUCGACGGUUGUCCAGUCCGGCAUCCAGGUGCUCGUGUGGGCAGGCGACGCCGACUGGAUCUGCAACUGGAUGGGCAACUUUGCGGCGGUAAACAGCCUGACCUGGUCUGGCAAGAGCACCUUCGCCUCCAAAGCUGUCACCCCGUACACAGUCGGCGGUACUUCAUACGGCGAGUUCAAAACCGUCAGCAACCUGAGCUGGCUGCGUGUGUAUGCCGCUGGCCACGAAGUUCCUUUCUAUCAGCCGCAGGUUUCAUUGCAGGCGUUCUGGCAGACGCUUCAAAAGCAGCCGCUUUCCUCUACUUGA